AUGAGUAAAAAGUUCAAAUCUCAAGCGUCGAGCAGCCGUGCUGCUGCUAGCACUUUUGGGGGGUUUGGGGGCUUCUCGUCAUCCGUAUCGGGCCAGGGGAGAGAACUAUCAUCUCUCACAUAUGUGGCCGAGCCGCCGGACCUGUCGCAAAUAUCGGAUCCCCAACUAGCAAUUGCGUUCAAGAACUUCACGAAGAAGGACGAUGUGACUAGAACGAAAGCGCUUGAUGAUAUCAAGUCUUUCGUCUCCAAUGUAGCGGCGAGCGGUGGUACUCUUGAAGAAGGGUUUCUGGAGGCCUGGAUAAGAAUAUACCCCCGGGCAUCAAUUGACAUCUACCGCAGAGUGAGGCAAUCUGCGCAUUCGGUUCAAGGGUCAAUUGCUUCACUCGUGGGAAAGCGGGUUGCCCGCUUCCUGCCUAGGGUGGUUGGGGCAUGGCUAGCUGGAGUCUACGACAACGAUAAACCUGUUCACCAAUCUGCUCUAGAGUCCAUUACUCGUGUGUUUGCUACUGAUGAGAAGAGGAACGCUAUUUGGAAGGUUUUUCAAAGUUCGAUUCUCGACUUUGUUGAUGAUGUCAUUCUUCAGCAAACUUCUCACACACUGAGCGACGAAAGGACAGUCAAGCCCGAGGAUGCGGAAGCCAAGUAUGCACGUGUGGUAGGAACUGCUAUUUUGCUCUUCAAUCGGAUACUUGGGAACACCACAAGAGAGGAUCGUCAGAACGAUCUACCGGAGAUAGAGACCAUACUAGGGAGCAAAACAUUAUGGACAUUUUGCUAUCAUGAUGACCCCUUUGUUCGUCGCUCAAUGUACGUUCUUAUUCGAACAGUCGUGUCAGGGGAACCGGAAGAACUGGAUUGGAGGCUGGUGAGCGCAGCCCUGAUAGGAAAAUCACUUCAUAUCACCCAGCUUGGCUCCUCCUCCGACUUGUCAGAUGCUUUACUGCAUGUAACAUCUGCACGUCCCCAGAUAUGGACAGAUGAUUAUUCUGGAAAAACUUCCUCUUCGAAGAGACUGCUCCAGUAUAUACGGAAGGGUUCCCAGGGCAGCCCGGGGGCAUUUUGGUCAAAUAUUUAUCAAUUGUUGCAGUUAGUUCCGCUAGAAACGUUGGCGAAACUUGACCCUAACUUUACUGGCGACGAGAAUAAUGGACUGUCGGGCGCAACAGCUCUGAUGGAAGCAAUACACGAAGGACUCAUUUCGAGGGAGGAGCCACAACAGAACAGGACGCUUGGCUGGAAAAUCUAUGUUGAAACUGCUAUGUGGCUUGCCCAUGGUCUGUCUGACGAUGACACAAUACAACUUUUGCAGGAUGAGCUUUCUCCUUUGAUAAUGCAGUAUGUGAGGCCUGAGCCGGAAGCAGCUCGGUGGUCACUACCCAAGCAGUCAUCGGAAACAAUCUGCACUGAAUAUCUUACUGCUCUGUUUUCAUUUGGCUAUGAUAUUGCAUUCAACAAGUUGUGGAUGAAACUUUCCAAUGACUUACUUGCGUCUGUCCGACUUUCCUCGCCCGAACAAUCCAAGGAUUUCAAGGCCUCACAAGACGCAGUAUGCGCUCAAACUGCACGACUUUUCUCUCUAGAAGCGUCUUUAUUAUCGCGCCUUGCCGACCAAGAACUGGAACCCAAAGUGCUGUAUACACUGGAGAAGUUAAACCUGGGACUGUUGAACGACUGCUUGGAAGUGUUGCGAUCUAGGAAUGGCAAACCUUAUGGAGCAACGGCAGUUGUCGAAGAGGUCGUGCGCAGAGUUCCUCAAAUCGCGCAGCAUUCUCACGAGCUUCUGGACUUCAUCCAGAAAGACGCGCCAGAACUUCUAUUCUCCCCUAGUGGUGACCGAUUGAUUUCUAUCAUAUUACUUUGCCGCACCUGGCCUGGAUUUUCCACGAGUUUUGAAGAGCUUAUCAAGCGAGUUGCGCAGCUCGAAAAUGUUAUGACCAAUACUAGCUCUGUUCAAAAACUUCUUUCAAGCCUUGACUUUAACGAAGUGGACAACGAGAUCAUUGGCCCGCUCAUCAUGCGGGCUAUGGAAUUGGCUUGCAAAGGGAGCCAGUUGCAUUGGUCUGUGGUUAUAUCCGCUCUGCAAAACCCAACUAGUCAAGGGGAGUUAGAGGACUCGAUAUUCCUUUCUCUUCUGGAUAACUUAUCUACAGACGAUGAGAUUCUUGACACUUUGCAAGGGCUAAAACAGGUUGUGUCGACUGUUCCUAAUUCAGCUAGGAGGUUCCAGACUGGAAGUCAAGGCUCGAAGCUGACUGGCAAGCUGCUUUUCCUCACGGAGUCCCCAUUUGAAGAGAUCUCUAGCCUUGCACUUUCGUUGAUUGAGCAGAUGAAAAAGUCAGCCGUUGGGGAAACAAGUGCCAAGGCAGGCAUUGAGAUUCUGCAAGAGAACUUGGCUCAUGCCAACGAGGAGUCGCUAUCCAUCGAAUCCUUAUUGGAUAUUGCCGAAGAACUGCUACGCAGUUCCCAAUCCGAGAUUAUCGGUCAGCUUGCCAGAGAUAUUCUUCCCUCUCAGAAAACGUGGGAGGAAGCAUUGGAACCCUUCCUUGAAUUACCACCCCGCGCAUCAACGGCUAUCACCAGUCCACUUUCGGGAGGUGUACACUUAGUGAACCGAGAGUUGUCAGAAUCGUUUGCUAACCGCUACGAUAAUAUUGCGCGCGAUUCAAGCCAAUGUGCAACUGCGUUUAGACUAACCCAUUUUACUGUUCGGCUGUUGUCUUCGUUUGAUUUCACUGAGCAUCUCGACAUGGACGGCUUCAAGGUUUUGUUUUCUAACCUGCCUCUGGCGGUGCAACUAAUUGAGGACGACCUCGACAUUGAAAAAUACAAUUUUAUUGCAGGGCCACUGACUCACGAGCUACGAGGAGAAUACCGGGAUAUCGUGAAUGACGCGCGGAAGAUCAUCGGUAACUGGUCCUCGUCGGCCCAAAAUGUCCGUUCCACGGAGGAAACCAUUGCAUCUUCCCUUGCCUCGGUUUGGAAAUCCAGGGUCGAGCAGCUAGAUGAUACUUCUCCAUCUGCUUAUCGAGUUGGAGAAGCCUUUGCCAAAAUCCUGGAUGGCAUGGACCCGUCUGAUAUACACUACUCUUCUGAGAUGAUAGGACAACUGUGCAAAGAAAUACGAACCGCCAAUACUAUUCGCUCGGCCAGUUGGGUAGCCGUCUUGCGACGUCCCAUACUGACCAACCCGGCCGGCACCCGAGUUUGUAAUGAAUUUGUGGCGGACUCUACCGGGUUAAAGGUUGAGGAUGAGACGAUGGAUGGUCUCCGAAAACUUAUUCUGCUCAACCUACUUCUAUCUGACGGAGAAGAAGUGAACCCAAUGGCUUCAAUGCCGACGCAGCGACUGAUAUUCUUUGUCAAACAUUUGAUACAGUGCCUCCAGUCGGAACAAAUUACUCUUAGCCUCAAAACAGAAAUCUUCAAGAGCCUAACCCUAGCACUUCCGAAUGUGAAGGAGAUGUACGGCCCUCAUUGGGAGGAAUGCAUGGAUAUUCUCAGUUCAACGUGGCGGGCCAUUGGCGGAGGAGAUGGCGCAUUAACUCUGUUGAAUUCAUCCUUCCGACUAUUCAGCUGUUUGGAGGCAAUUGUAAAGGAUGAUGAGAGCAACGAUGAUGUGAAGGAUGCGUGGGCUGACCGAAAAUCAACACUUUUCAACGUCUUGACAUCAACUCUUUGGAAAUUUGAUUCUUCGACCACCUUCCACUUACCCCGGGACCUUACCGUUGACCGUCUGUGUCGCAUCAUCAAGACUAUGCCGACUGGAAACAUUGAGGAUAUUAGCAAGGUAUAUCCUCUACUGACAGCGCACAGCCUUGUUCUCCAGCAUACGGCUUUCACCCUGCUUCACCGACAUAUCCCAAGUGUACAAGAGCAGGUGUCCCUUGAUGUGGCACUAUCGAAAUCGGAGGUCAAGCUUCCCUAUGAAGUAAUUUCUCUGCUUCUUGGGGCGCCAACAAUGGACUCAAUAUCAUUGUCGUAUGGUGAUGACAAGACUUGGGCUGAUAUAAGAUCGUACCUCCUAAGCUGGAAACUGGUCUUCGAUCACUUCGCGAACGCUUCUUUCACCCUCCAAGAGCAUUACGCCUCUAACAUCAAGGAGCACGACGUAUUACCCUCGCUACUGGAAUUUAUGUUCGAAUUUCUCCAGAAGGGCCACGGAAAGCUCGUGGAUGCAUCGAAAUUAGAUAUUCGCACCUUUGAACUGGAUCAAUCGGAGGAUUACGAGAAGGAAACGCAGUGGUUGCUUAUUCACUUGUACUUUUUGUGCUUGAGGCAUCUCGCCAACUUGACCAAGGCCUGGUGGAUCGACGCGAAGAAGCGUGUCAAAGGGCCUGUGGAAACUUGGACCGAGAAAUUCAUCUCGCCAUUGGUUAUCAGCGACUCUCUAGAAAGCGUGACCGAAUGGAUGUCCACACAAGAUCCAGAUGAGGAGCGCGCACUGAACGUGAAGGUAUCAUCGAAAACAGCCGAGAUCAUCGCGAGUAUUCUAGUUGACGAGGAAUCACCGCCUGUCUCAAUAUCUAUUGCACUUCCCGCUGCUUACCCACUGCAUCCCGCCGUGGUCGUUGGCCGAAGCCGAGUGUUGGUAGACGAGAGGAAGUGGAAGAGCUGGCUCCUUACCAUCCAGGGUGUCAUCAUGUUCGCCAACGGAAACCUGGAAGAUGGGCUGCUGGCAUUCCGCAAGAAUGUCCAGGGCGCGUUGAAGGGCCAGAGCGAGUGUGCCAUUUGUUACUCGGUCAUUUCGACCGACAUGCAGACGCCAAACAAACGGUGCGCAACAUGCAAGCAUACCUUCCACUCGGUGUGUCUGUAUCGAUGGUUCAAGAGCAGUAACCAGAGCACUUGCCCACUGUGUCGGAACCAGUUUACAUUUGCGUGA